AUGACCGUGUUCAACCAGGAGAAUGUGGAGGAUUAUUAUGAGAUUGGAGGAGAACUCGGGAGUGGUCAGUUUGCCGUGGUAAAGAAAUGCCGUCAUAAGAGCACUGGUGUGGAGUAUGCAGCCAAAUUUAUCAAGAAGAGGCGGAGCAAAUCAAGCCGACGAGGGGUCUCGAAAGACGACAUUGAGAGGGAGGUCAGCAUCUUGAAGGAAAUCCAGCACCCCAAUGUCAUCACCCUGCACGAUGUGUUCGAAAACAAGCAUGAGGUCAUCCUCAUCCUAGAGCUUGUGGCUGGCGGAGAACUCUUUGACUUUCUAGCUGAGAAAGAGUCACUGAGUGAAGAGGAGGCCACCGAGUUUCUCAAGCAGAUCUUGGAUGGAGUCAGUUACCUGCACUCGAAACGGAUUUCCCACUUUGACCUGAAGCCGGAGAACAUCAUGCUGUUAAACCGGAACGUGCCUCACCCGCGCAUUAAGCUCAUUGACUUUGGCCUGGCCCACAAGAUCGAUUUUGGCAACGAUUUCAAAAACAUCUUUGGUACCCCGGAGUUUGUAGCUCCAGAAGUGGUGAACUAUGAGCCUCUUGGCCUGGAGGCAGACAUGUGGAGCAUUGGAGUAAUCACUUAUAUUCUGCUUAGCGGUGCUUCACCUUUCCUGGGUGAAAACAAGCAGGAGACGCUUGCCAAUGUGUCAGCCGUGGACUAUGAGUUUGAUGAGGACUAUUUCAGCCACACCAGCGCUUUGGCCAAAGACUUCAUUGCACGGUUACUGAUCAAAGAUCCAAAAAAAAGAAUGACAAUCCUGGACAGUCUUCAACAUCCCUGGAUCAAGCCAAAGGAUACACAGCAGGCACUGAGUCGCAAAGAAUCAGCUGUCAAUAUGGAGAAAUUCAAGAAGUUUGCUGCCCGAAGAAAAUGGAAGCAAUCAGUGCGUCUCAUCUCUCUGUGUAACCGGCUCUCCCGCUCCUUUCUGUCCAGGAGCAACAUGAGUGUGGCACGCAGUGACGACACUUUGGAUGAAGAGGACUCGUUUGUCAUGAAGGCUAUCAUCCACGCAAUAAACGACGACAAUGUUCCCGGUCUGAAACACCUACUUGGAUCUCUGACCAGCUAUGAUAUCAAUCAACCUAACAAGCAUGGAACUCCUCCGCUCCUGAUCGCUGCAGGCUGUGGAAACGUCCAGAUCAUUGAUGUGCUCAUGAAAAAAGGGGCUGAAAUUCAAGCCUUUGAUAAGACUGGAGCCAGUGCUAUCUACUACGCCGCCCGACAUGGUCAUGUGGGGACCUUGAGAUUCUUGCAUGAAAAGAAGUGCCCUCUGGACAUCCAAGAUAAGUCCGGAGAAACUGCUCUGCAUGUUGCGGCUCGCUAUGGUAAUGUGGAUGUGGUCCAAUACCUUUGCAGCAUCCAUGCCAACCCUGACCUGUUGGACCGGGAGCAAGAGACGCCUCUCCAUUGCGCGGCCUGGCACGGUUAUUCGGCAGUGGCCAGAGCCCUGUGUGAGGCUGGCUGUGAUGUUAAUGCCCGUAACCGUGAGGGUGAGAGUCCACUGCUAACCGCUUCAGCCCGUGGCUUCAAGGACAUUGUGGAGUGCUUGCUGGAGCAUGGGGCUGACAUGGACUCUGCUGAUAAUGAACACA